CGUCGAAAUUGAAUCCUGAGAAAUUUCGAGCCCACAAGUUGGUAACAGCUUCAUUUUAGUCCGAAUUAUCAACCCACCCAUGAUGGCUAGCACGAUCUGAUAAGCCGCAGGGCCUGGUCAAGAGAGGGGUUCCACUCGGAGAAGUUUGCUCAUCUAUUCCAUACCAAUAUGAUCAACUGAGACUGAAAGAGUCUCCUCCAGCGGCUACCGAGUGGCGAUCUGACAUCACCCAUUUCCCCGUCCCCAGUCAUCCAGCAUGGCCAAGAAAGACAAGAAAAGUUCCAAAACGGACAGCAAGCAGGCCAAGCUUGCCGAGAAGAAGCAGAAGCAGGAGAAGAAGGCCGAGAAGAAGGCCAAAGUCAAGUCCUCAAAGGUAGAAGGCAGCGAUGCUGAGGAUGUAGACCUCGACCAGGUGCUCGAGGAGUAUAGAAAACAGCAGGAACAGUUUCUAAAAGUCACGGAGACUGUGUCGCAGGCCCCUCCCAAACCUCGCUCGUCUUCUACCUUCUUAGCGUCGCCGUCCAACAGCAACCAGCUGUUGUUGUUUGGCGGUGAAAACUACAACGGAGCUAUUGCUACAUUCUACAAUGACCUUCACAUCUACUAUGUGGACCGAGAUGAGUGGCAUUGUGUGACGUCCCCCAACGCUCCUCUACCACGAUCAGGGCAUGCGUGGUGUCGUGGCGGCAACCAGAGCAAUUCAGUGUUCCUUUUUGGUGGUGAAUUCAGCAGUCCGAAACAGGGGACUUUCUAUCAUUACAAUGAUUUCUGGCGAUUAGAACCCAGCACUCGAGAAUGGGCUCGCCUAGAGACCAAGGGCAAGUCGCCGCCAGCUAGAAGUGGUCACCGCAUGACAUACUUCAAGAAUUAUAUCAUACUUUUCGGAGGUUUCCAAGACACUUCCAACCAGACAAAAUAUCUUGGUGAUCUUUGGAUCUACGAUACCCAGAACUUCACAUGGCAUGAGCCGAAACUACCUCCAGCCCAAUUGAAGCCAGAUGCCAGAUCGUCAUUUACCUUCCUGCCCCACGAGCAGGGUGCUGUGUUGUAUGGCGGCUACUCGAGAGUGAAAACUACCGUUUCAGCCAACAAGUCAGCUAAAGGGGCAGCACAAGGACAGAGAAACAUCUUGAAACCUUUGAUACACCAGGACUGCUUCUACCUUCGUAUCACUCAACCUCCAGCGGAUUCGCCCCCGAAUACCCUCCCCAACGUCCGGUGGGAGAGACGCAAGAAGCCAGCGAACACGCCAAACCCAGCACGCGCUGGAACAACCAUGACAUACCAUAAAGGGCGCGGUAUUAUGUUUGGUGGUGUUCACGAUGAAGAACAAUCUGAAGAAGGUAUGGAUAGUGAAUUCUUCAACCAGAUGUUUGCAUGGAACAUCGAGCGUAACCGCUUCUUUCCCCUUGCCCUUCGUAAGCCGAGAAAUCAGAAGAAAGGCGGGUCAUCGGAGCAGCGAGGUGGACGACGUGGCCGGGCGCAAGCGAAUGAAGAGGAGCUCUUGAAGCAGCUUGCUGCACUGCAGGCUGGUUCAUCUGUGGAGGACGCUGAUGCCAUGGACAUCGACCUCACUGGUGACGAGCCGGAGGAAUCCGACAAGCCGGCCAGAGAGAUGCCUGUGUCAAUGGAGUUUCCACAUCCCAGAUUCAAUGCGGCAAUGGCAGUGCAGGAUGAUAUUCUCUACAUCUACGGCGGAACUUUCGAAAAGGGGGAUCGUGAGUAUACCUUCGAUGACCUAUAUGCGAUUGAUCUUGGAAAGAUGGAUGGCUGCAAGGAAGUCUUCAACCGCGAGGUGGAGAACUGGGUCGGCUCCGAGGACGAAGAGGAUGAAGACGAUGAGGACGACGAUUGGGAUGAUGAUGAUGAAGACGAAGAGUAUGAAGACGGUGACGUUGACAUGCGCGAUGAACAGCUUCUCACAGAGAGCAAGCGCAAGAAGAAGCAGCAAGUGGAUGAAGGAUCCGUUGCCGACUCCACAUCGACAGCAGGCUCGACCGAAACCGAUACUGAGACUGAUACUACUACAACUUCUGUUGGUGAUGGGCUGCCACACCCUCGACCCUUCGAAUCCAGGCGGGAGUUCUUUAACCGAACAUCCAACGAGUGGCAAGAGGUUCUCAUGACCAGUUUGAGGUGGAAGGGUAUUCAGCCGGAAACUCUUACCGUCAAGGAGAUCAAGACGAAGGCCUUUGAGAUGAGUGAGGAGAAAUGGUGGGACUGCAGAGAGGAGAUCACUGCUUUGGAGGACGAGCAGGAAGCUGCUGGCAUUGGUGAGAUUGUGUCUCUGGAGCAGAGAGGUGAAGGGGGAGCUGGUGCUGCGGGUAGGAGACGAUAAGAUGUUGAACUAGUAUCUCAAGAAGAAUAGGAAACCAUGAUUGCCUUGAUAAUAAGACAGAGGUAUACGCAUGAAAAUGAGAUCGCUACCUCUAGUGACCACACUUGAGUGCCUUUACUUAGGUAUGUGAGUAAUGCUUCUGAAUUUCGAG